CAAAACAAUUAAGUGAGGAGCAUUGCAAAACCUUAACCGAUUAAACUAAUUGACGUCGGCUUUUAAUCAAGUUCCAAACCACGAAGCAAAUACAAAUCAGGUGACCAAUCAUCAAAGCACUCGAAGCAGCUUCCCGCGACACAGCCUGCGAAAUAGAGAGAGAAAAAGAGAGAAGAAGAAGAUAACAAUGGUGGCUGCGUCGUCGUCAGUGGUGGCCGUAUACCCACUAUCAAGCUACACCUUUGGCACCAAAGAACCCAAGCUUGAAAAAGAUACCUCUGUUGCCGAUCGUCUUGCUCGUAUGAAAGUCAAUUACUUUAAAGAAGGCAUGAGGACCAGUGUGGAAGGCAUUCUACUUGUCCAAGAACAUAAUCAUCCACACAUUCUUCUAUUACAAAUUGGAAACACUUUCUGCAAACUUCCUGGUGGUCGUUUGAAGCCUGGUGAAAAUGAAAUUGAAGGUUUGAAGAGGAAACUUUCUAGCAAACUCGGUGCUAACUCGACUGCUCAUCAACCUAAUUGGCAGAUUGGUGAGUGUGUUGCUAACUGGUGGAGGCCAAAUUUUGAAACAGUGAUGUAUCCCUACUGCCCUCCUCACAUCACAAAACCCAAGGAAUGUAAAAAGCUUUUCAUGGUCCACUUGCCAGAGCGAGAAUACUUUGCUGUACCAAAAAAUCUUAAGUUGUUGGCCGUGCCCCUCUUUGAGCUUUAUGAUAAUGUUCAGAGAUAUGGACCAGUGAUCUCAACCAUCCCUCAGCAAUUGUCAAGAUUUCAAUUCAACAUGAUCUCUCCUUGAUUUUCUAAUCUACAACUUCACUUAAACUUGUGUGGUGUACUGGUCAGUUUGGACGGGGUAGUGCCAGAAGCAGUGGUUGUGUUAUUGGUGGCUGUCUUGUUUUGAGAUAGUAGCAGAUCCACACUUCAUGGAAGCCCAGCUUUGCUGACUAUCUGCCUUCCCUCAGUUUCUGAUAUAUCUUAUCAUCAUUUUAGCAUUAACUUAUCGCUAGGAGAUUCAAGGUUACAUUGUUUCACAGGGUUUGUACUGAUAUGUGAACCUUCUUGCUUGUAUAAUGUUUGUUUUAGCCUUUAGUAUUUUGCCGCCUCUAUUUAAACUUCCUACAUUAUGUUUCUUUUUAUUUUUUUUGGUGGUUAGAGUUGUAGAGAAGCUUUAGUUAAAGAUUAGUUUUUCUGUACUUGUCAGUUGAUAGGAAAUUAGGUCGGCAUUCUUCAUACAGUCGUCUGCGAAGUUCGAACUGGCUAAAAUGUAUGCCCUUUGUUGUUCCACUAUUUUUUAGGUGUUCUCGAAUCGUAUCAUUUUUUUGGUCUAAGAUUCUAUGAUUUAGAUUUGUGUAUACUCAAAUAUUUAUAGAUGGAGGCAGAUUAGAAUUUGGAGUA